UGGGGGGGUUUAGGCUCAGUGGGAGGGUGGUCAGAAGGGUUUGGGCUCAGCAGGAAGGCUUUGGGCUGGUUGGAAGGGUUUGCUUUGGGCUUUGCAGGAGGCUGGUCAAAAGGGUUUGGACUCUGGGGAGCUGGUUGGAAGGAUUUAGGCUGGUCAGAAAGGUCUGGGCUCUGGGGGGUGUGAUUUGGAAGGGUUUGGGCUCUGGGAGGUGUGAUUUGGAAGGGUUUGGGCUCAGCAGGAGGUCACAUCCCCUGUGACCAGUGUGUCCCACCGGGAUGAGCCCCCAAGGCCCAGCUCCAGCCAGGACCGUGCUGAUCUAUCGCAACGGGGACCGUUUCUUCCCGGGGAGGAGAUUCCUGGUGACCCCCCGGCGCUUCCCGACCUUCGAGGCCUUCCUGGAUGAGGUGACCAAGGCCCUCCACACCCCCCUGGCCGUGAGGAACCUCUACACCCCCCGGCACGGCCGCGGUGUCACGGGGCUGGGGGACCUGCGGGACGGGGGCCAGUACGUGGCUGCGGGGUCGGAGAGGCUCCAAAAGCUGGACUACUUAAAUCAGGGGAGGAAGGAGACCAGUGGGACGAGGAAGAGUCUGCAGUCCCGCGCUGCAGAUCCCUGGAAAUCCAACACCUUCGUCCAACGGCAGCAGCUCUCCCGCCUGCCCUGCACCAUACACUCUGGGAAUGCUGGCUCAUCCCGUGCUCUGGGCUGUUUCUCCUGCAGUGUUUUCCAGAAUGGGGAUCUGCUGAGCCCUCCUUUCCCACUGGUGCUCCCCAAGAGGAUCCCACUGGAGUGGGACACGCUCCUGGCCACGCUGACAGAGAAAGUGGAGUUGGGCAGUGGAGCUGUUAACAAGCUCUGCAGGCUGGAUGGGACCCCGGUGUGCGGAGGGGAGGAGCUGGAGAAUGGCCAUCACUACGUGGCAGUGGGAAAGGAGGAGUACAAACCCCUGCCCUACAGGGAGCUGCUGGUGCCCCAGGAGUGCAGGACACUGGGGAACCACCCAAAAAACAGGCACCAAAAGAGCCAGGGCAGGCUGGGCAGUCGCAGGGUGCAGACCACGGGAGCUGCAGAGAAAGGCAAGAUCCCACCUGCCUUCCCACAGCUGCAAAUUCCAGCCAGGAAAUCUCCCCUCGAGGAGGAAGAGCCCAUUUUCCAUGUCAAACCUGUGCGUGCAGGACAGAACAGAAGGAGCAGCAGGAGUGUGCAGCCUGGCCCAGGAAAAAGUCUCUCUAAACCCAGGGAUCCAAGGAGGGAGAUGAGAGGUGCUCGGGAAGAGGGUGAACACACCAGGCUGGAUGUACCCAUUGACCAGGUUUAGGACACACUGAGCUGCUCUCCGAUGUGUAAAGCCGAGAGUAACCACGAGGGGGAACUUGAGAAACCGCAGCUCGGUGUCACUGCA